ACACAUAAAGCGUACACCCCAAGUCCCCAACCCACAGAGCUAGGAGAAAGUGAGAAAGAGAGAGAGAUCGCUUGCGAAUUGCGGCUAAAACAGCUUCUUCAGCUCUCGAUUUCUCUACUAAUCACACUAUCACCCGUCCUAAUUUAAUUCCAAAAUCGCAAAUGCAAUUUCAGUAUUGAACAAUCCCAACUCUUCCGAUCUCUGAUCCCUCAUCUUCAAUGAUGAAUCAUAGAUCAAUUACACUAAUUUGAAGAGAAAAUCUAAAAUCUUAGGGUUUCCAGAAGAAUUAGGGAAAAAAUGUUGUCGAAUCAUUUCCAGAAUGGUAUGGAAACUGCUAGAUUAGUCUGGUCUCGUUUGCCGAACUCAGAAGAAGGUGAAUUAGAUGAAGUUGGAAUUUCCAAGAAGAGUGAUUAUAGUGGCGUCGAAAGCCUUGAUUAUGAAGUCAUUGAAAAUUACGCUUAUCGAGAAGAACAGGAAAAGAGAGGGAGGUUUUUUGUUGGUUAUCAAGUGUCUUUAAAGUGGUUUCUCGCGCUGUUAAUUGGCAUUGGCACGGGACUUGCUGCGAUAUUUAUAAAUAUCUCUGUGGAAAACUUUGCCGGAUGGAAAUUCGCAUUGACAUUUGCAAUAAUUCAGAAGUCAUAUUUUGCUGGGCUAUUGAUAUAUGUGUUUUUCAACCUGGCAUUAGUAUUCUCUUCUGUAUAUAUAGUUACCCAUUUUGCACCAGCUGCAGCUGGUUCUGGUAUUCCAGAAAUUAAGGGCUAUUUGAAUGGAAUAGAUGUCCAUGGCAUACUUUUGUUUAGAACUUUAGUUGGAAAGAUCUUUGGAAGCAUUGGUUCAGUGGGAGGAGGAUUAGCUCUUGGUAAAGAAGGCCCUCUUGUCCACAUAGGUGCUUGUAUAGCUUCUCUCCUGGGACAAGGUGGAUCUACAAAAUACCAUAUAAGUUCAAGAUGGCUUCAAGGUUUUAAUAGUGAUCGAGAUCGCCGUGAUCUUGUCACAUGUGGCUGUGCAGCUGGGGUUGCAGCUGCUUUCAGAGCUCCUGUUGGUGGUGUCUUAUUUGCACUUGAGGAGGUUACAUCAUGGUGGAGAAGUCAGCUUAUGUGGCGUGUCUUUUUUACUUCUGCUGUUGUUGCGGUUGUUGUACGGACUGCAAUGGCAUGGUGUAGGAGUGGAAAAUGUGGACAUUUUGGUGCUGGUGGUUUUAUCAUAUGGGACAUAUCAGAUGGUCAAGAGGAUUACUCGUUUGUAGAGUUAUUGCCAAUGGCAAUUAUUGGGGUGAUAGGUGGUCUUCUUGGGGCAUUAUUUAAUCAACUUACACGUUAUAUUACUUACUGGCGUCGCAAUUAUUUGCACAAGAAAGGGGCACGAGUUAAAAUGAUUGAAGUUUGCCUUAUAUCAAUAAUUACUUCUGCAAUUUCUUUUGGGUUACCACUACUAAGGAAAUGCAGCCCCUGCCCUGCAUCUGAAGUUGAUUGUCCCAAUCCCCCAGGGAUGUAUGGAAAUUAUGUAAAUUUUUACUGUCGUAAUGACAAGGAAUACAAUGACCUAGCUACCAUUUUUUUUAACACUCAGGAUGAUGCCAUAAGAAAUUUAUUUAGUGCCAAAACGAUUCAUGAGUAUAGUGCUCAAAGCUUGUUGACUUUCUUGGUUAUGUUCUAUAGUCUGGCAGUGGUCACAUUUGGAACAGCUGUACCUGCUGGUCAGUUUGUUCCUGGAAUCAUGAUAGGAUCAACUUAUGGUCGCCUUGUUGGCAUGUUUGUUGUCAGCUUCUACAAAAAGCCAAAUAUCGAGGAGGGAACAUAUGCUCUUCUGGGUGCUGCUUCGUUUUUGGGAGGCUCAAUGCGUGUGACAGUCUCCCUUUGCGUUAUUAUGGUUGAAAUUUCGAAUAAUUUGAAGUUUCUUCCUCUUAUCAUGCUAGUUCUUCUUAUAUCAAAAGCUGUUGGUGAUGCUUUUAACGAUGGCUUAUAUGAAGAGCAGGCUCGGUUGAGGGGUAUCCCUUUGCUUGAGUCCAGACCUAAAUAUCAAAUGCGGAGUAUGACUGCACAAGAGGGUAGGCGGAGUCGAAAGGUCAUCAGUCUUCCCCGUGUUAUCAAGAUUUCAGAUAUGGUUUCUAUUCUGAGAAGCAAUAAGCACAAUGGCUUUCCGGUGAUAGAUCACACAAGGAGUGGGGAGACACUUGUCAUAGGAUUGAUGCUUCGCAGUCAUCUAUUGGUGCUUCUUCAAUCCAAGGUGGAUUUCCAACAUAGCUCCUUGCCCAGUGAUUCAAGAGGUGGAUCCUUCCCAAUAAGGCAUAAUAAUAGUGAAUUCAUUAAACCAGUUUCAAGUAAAGGGCUCAGCCUUGAUGAUAUUCAUCUGAGUCAUGAUGACUUGGAGAUGUACAUAGAUCUUGCCCCCUUUUUAAACCCAAAUCCGUAUAUAGUCCCUGAAGAUAUGUCUUUGACCAAGGUCUAUAAUCUGUUCCGUCAUCUGGGAUUAAGGCAUAUAUUGGUUGUCCCUCGGCCUUCUCGAGUAUUAGGUUUAAUUACGCGAAAGGAUUUGUUGAUUGAGGAUGACGAUGAUUCAGAGAUGGAACUCCAAUCGACUAGUGUAAGAGCCCAACGCCGUGACAGAAGUUUAGCAUCGAGAACUGCAGAUGUGGAGCAGCCACUUCUAAAUGGUCUUUUUGUGCAUAACUGAUGAUUGCACUUACAUCGCUGGCAUUUUGGUGUUCUCUGAAGGCUGAAGUUUAUCAGUGUAUCAUCCGCAUUCUCGAACAUUUUGUUGAUUACAGUUUUUUUUUUUUUUUUUUUUUUUUUGUGAAAUAUUACAAGGUUUAGCACAAGGGGUCUGUAUUAGCUCAUAGGGACCUAAUCACGUCCAUUUGUUGUUGUACAGUGUAAAGUUGUAAAAAUAGACGGACAAGUCUAAUAGGGAGAAAUUAUAUGGAAAAGGUUUGAGUCCAUCUGAGAUGACUUUGCAAUGUUUGAGAACCAGCUUUUCCAUAGAUGAAAAGCAAGGUUGAUUCCAGAUUUCCACAUGAAGCUAAUAAAGUGCUUAUAUUAGUACUGGUUUUAUCGAUAAA